AUGUCUCUCACAUUUCGUCCCGCAACAACACUCGACAUUCCCUCUCUACUCACCCUCAUCGUCUCCGCCUACCGCGGUCCCGAAUCCCGCUCCGGCUGGACAACAGAAGCAGACCUCCUCGCCGACGAGCGCAUAUCCCCUUCAGCCCUCGAAGCCAAGAUCACCGAACCUGAAGGUCUUGUCCUUCUCGCAUUCCGUUCAACGCCCUCAUCAACAGGCACAUCAACGCCAGAAUCAGGAUCCGAGGACGCUAGCUCAGGACUUGUGGCAUGCUGUGAGAUUGUGAGAAAGAGUGAUGAGCGUGCGUACUUUGGACUUUUUGCUGUGUCGCCGAAACUGCAGGCGGGUGGAAUUGGAAGACAGGUUCUGCAAAGAGCUGAAGAGCAUGCUAAGAAGGAAUGGGGAACUAAGAUUAUGAGCAUGACUGUUAUUUGGACGAGAGAUGAGUUGAUUGCUUGGUAUAUGAGGAGAGGGUAUACUCGUACUGGUGAGAAGAGCCCUUUUCCUUAUGCUGAGCUCUAUAAUGGCAAGGCCUUGAGGGAUGAUUUGUACUUUGAUCAUUUGGAGAAGGAGUUGUAG